GCCAAGAUGGCCAUCCUCCCGCUGCCGGCCAAGUCCAGCCCCGCGGACGGCGGCGGCUUCCUGUCGCACUCCUCCAGCCGCCGGCCGCGCACGCACCUGUCCUGCCUGCAGCUGUCCAUCCUGCAGUCCUGCUACGAGACGUGCGCCCACCCCAACGCCAUGGAGUGCGAGGCCAUCGGCGCGGAGCUCAGCCUGCCGCUGAAGGUGGUGCAGAUCUGGUUCCAGAACACCAGGGCCAAAGAGAAGCGCUGGAAGCUGCAGCAGGAGAAGAUGUCGCCCCUGAUGGCGGGGAAGGUGGACACCAGCUCCGGGAGCUACCUGCAGUACAACGCCCUCCGCGCCAACCGGCCCAUCCUGCCCAAGCCGGUGCAGCUCACGGUCAUCGAGCCGGCGGCGUCCCCGGUGGCGGGCCAGCCCGUGCCCAAGGAGAGCCUCACGGGGCGCUGCGAGGCCUGCAGCGCCUCCUUCGAGUCGCGCGCCGCCGCCCGCACCCACGUCUUCUCGCCGCGCCACCUGGCCACGCUGAGGACCACCAACUUCGGCCAGCCCGCCACGCUGGUCAACAAGAACGGCAGCAGCGCCGGGGGGUCCGGCGGCGGCGGCGGCACGCAGGCGGCUCCCCCGGCGCUCUCCGUCCCCAGCUCCGGGAGCUCCGGCCGGGCCUCUGAAGGGGAGGCGGGCGGGGAGGCUCCGCCCCCCAAAGCCAGCAGCAACAGCUAGAGACCCUCGUCUGGGUUGACCUCCAAAUAACUCUUCCUGGACCCGUUUGGGCUCAUCAGAUUUUAAUGAACACGACUUUGAGCACUAACCCCUCGGAAGCUUAUAUAUCGUUUUUCUUUUUUGUUUUAAGUGCACUCUUCUCGCAGCCAAACUCUUUUUGGGUUCAACCCCCCCCCCCCCCUCCACCGAAAUGAAAUCCGAAAAUGGAGUUUAAUCACUAGGAUUCAUCCUGAAUCUAUCCCGACCCACUACUGCCUCUGCAUUAAUCAAUAGCUCUCGAAUUAGCCUGUACAUGUAUCAAGACGCGCACACACGAGACACAGAGAGAGAGAGAGAGAGAGAGGGUUCUGGGACUGUGAUAUUACCCUCCAUACGCACCCCUUCCCACCUUGCCUCCAUUACUACCCUUCACAUGCUUGUUCGUUGUCCGUAACUCGCACGACUGAUGCAAACGGAGGAGCCCCUUGACGCUGAGCCUGCACACCUUUUUGGGACUUCAAAUGUUAACGUUGCUCUCUCCCAGUUUGCGCCUUUGAAAUGUAUUUCAUGUAUUACGUCUACUUUGUCGAUUUUAGAACAACAUUUAAUGAGUGGAAUGAACCAGUGGAGCAGGCGACUGUCCGGCCGGGUUGACCUUUCACCCCUGUGACCUUUGACCUGGCUGCGACGCAGUCUGAAUGGGCGCUUGGUCUGACUUGGGAUUUUUACGGUACGGUAAAGCAGGAAAUGUCGUAACAUCUGCAUAUAUGUCCACAGUUUUCAUGACAAUCCAAGAAGACAGGGAAAAUGAGAGACUUAGAAAGUAGAUUAUUGGCAUACCGCACUUUGGCACAUUUUGUAAGAAAUUUUAAGCAUUCUGAUGCGGUGUCUUUUUUUUUUUAAAAAGAUACAUAAUUGCAUGUUGGAUGCCUUAAUAUAAAAUUAAUGAAAUAGAUUUUUGAUUUUUCAAGUCUUUUAAAAACAUGGAAUAGAUCUGAAAUUUUGUGUAGUAAGCCGAGUUGUGUUCCAAAAUGCAUACGAUCCAUCUGGGAAUAUGGUAUAUAAAGGGGACUCGUAUGAUUUUUUUUUUUUUAUAUAUAUAGAUA